GGGGCGAUAAGACUAAGAGCGGGCGCGGGAGCCGAGCACUGGCGGCAUGGACGGCAACGACGCGGGGCGGAGCGGGGAGCCGGCCGAGGCGCCCACCGUCUUCCCCCGCGUGGGCUACAGCGUGCUGGCCUUCCUCAUGUUCAUCAACACGCUGCUGAGCGUCUUCAACAACGGCCUGGUGCUCGGCGUGUCCCUGAGGAACCCCGGCCUGCUGCGCCCCGUCAACCUUUUGGUGGUGGGCCUGGCCGCGUCCGACCUGAUGAUCGGCCUGUGCGGCUCCCUGGUGGUCACCGUCACCAACUACCGCGGCUCCUUCUUCCUGGGCCGCGCCGCCUGCGUCUUCCAGGGCUUCGCCGUCAACUACUUUGGCCUGGUGUCGCUGUGCACGCUGACCCUGCUGUCGUACGAGCGCUACAAGGCGGUGUGCGAGCCGCGCGUCGGCCGGCGGCUGAGCAUGCGGCGCAGCGCGGCGGGGCUGGCGUGCGUCUGGCUCUUCUGCCUGUUCUGGGCCACGGCGCCCCUGCUGGGCUGGAGCGGCUACGGCCCCGAGGGCGUGCGCACGUCCUGCUCGCUGGCCUGGGAGGAGAGGUCCUGGAGCAACUACAGCUACCUCAUCCUGUACACGCUCACGUGCUUCCUCUUCCCCGUGGCCGUCAUCGUCUACUGCUACUCCAGAGCGCUGGCGGCGCUGCGGCAGUUGAACAAGAGCGUGGAGCCGCAGGGGGGGCGCUGUUUGCGGCAGGAGACGCGGCGCGCCACCAAGAUGGUCCUGGCCAUGAUCGCCGCCUUCUUGGCGUGCUGGCUGCCCUACACGGCCCUGUCGCUGGCCGUGGUGCUGCGGCCGCGGCUGGCCAUCCCCCCGCUGCUGGCCACCAUGCCCAUGUACUUUGCCAAGACCAGCCCCGUCUACAACCCCGUCAUCUACUUCCUCUCCAACAAGCAGUUUCGAGACGCCGCCCUGGAGAUGCUGUCGUGCGGCCGCCGCGCCCCACGCGGGAGCGUCGGCCUCGCCAUGCGGCCCCUCAACAGGCGGCGCCCGCCCGGAUGCUCCGGCCGCAUCGCCGGCCAGGGCAAGGUGCUCCCUCUGUGACGGCCCCGGCGAGCGCCGACCUUCCCGGGA